CUGCCGCCGUCCCCGCGCGCCGCCCGCUCAGCCUGCGCUCCGCUCUGCCCCGCUGGCCGGCCGCGGCGGGUCUCUUGCGUGCGGCUGUCCCCCUGGCCGCCUCGUCCUCCUCGCGUCCCUCCCCGAGGGGGGAUAAGCGAAAGGGGCGCCCGCCGUGUCCGGCUCUCUUCCCAGGCAGGAGGAGGACGGAGGCCGCUCCUUCGCCUCGCUGCGACCUCCGCACCCCCAACUUGGAAACUUAUUACCUGGGCGGAGGAGUUACCAAUUACAAUAAUGUUGUAGAAACAAAUUCAGAUUCAGAUGACGAAGACAAAUUGCACAUUGUUGAAGAGGAAAGUAUAACAGAUGCAGGAGAUUGUGAUAAUAGCGUGCCAGAUGAUGACUUGCCAAAAGACCAUACAGUAUUACCAGAAAGCAACGAAAGAGAAGGAAGUGCAAACAGUUGCUGGGAAGAUGAAGCUAGUAAAGAAGCAAAGGAAAUCCUGGGGCCUGAAGCUCAAACAGAUGAAUCUGGAUGUACAGUAAAAGAAGAUGAAUGUGAUUCUGAUGCAGAAAAUGAACAAAAUCAUGACCCUAAUGUUGAAGAAUUUCUGCAACAAGAAGAUACAGCAGUUAUCUACCCAGAAGCACCUGAGGAGGACCAGAGACAGGGCACACCAGAGGCCAGUGGCCAGGAUGAAAAUGGAACGCCAGAUGCAUUUUCCCAGCUGCUUACAUGCCCUUACUGUGAUAGAGGGUACAAACGCUUUACCUCUCUGAAGGAACACAUUAAAUAUCGCCAUGAAAAAAAUGAAGAUAACUUUAGUUGCUCCCUAUGCAGUUACACAUUUGCAUAUAGAACACAACUUGAACGCCAUAUGACAUCACAUAAAUCAGGAAGAGAUCAAAGACAUGUGACUCAAUCUAGUGGUAACCGAAAAUUCAAGUGCACUGAAUGUGGAAAAGCUUUCAAAUACAAACAUCACUUAAAGGAACACCUACGAAUCCAUAGCGGAGAGAAGCCAUAUGAGUGCCCAAACUGCAAGAAACGUUUUUCCCAUUCUGGAUCCUACAGCUCCCACAUAAGCAGUAAGAAAUGUAUUGGUCUGGUGCCUGUGAAUGGCCGAGCAAGAUCUGGGCUCAAGACCUCUCAGUGUUCUUCCCCUUCCCUUUCUGCAUCACCGGGUAGCCCAGCAAGACCACAGAUCCGGCAGAAAGUAGAAAACAAGCCCUUACAAGAACAACUCCCCAUUAACCAAAUUAAAACUGAACCUGUGGAUUAUGAAUUCAAGCCCAUAGUGGUUGCUUCAGGAAUCAACUGUUCAGCCCCUUUGCAAAAUGGGGUUUUUAGUGGUGGUAGCCCAUUACAGGCAACCAGUUCUCCUCAGGGUGUGGUGCAAGCUGUUGUUUUGCCAACCGUUGGUCUGGUGUCUCCAAUAAGCAUCAACUUAAGUGACAUUCAGAAUGUGCUCAAAGUUGCUGUAGAUGGCAAUGUUAUACGGCAAGUAUUGGAGAAUAGUCAUACCAACCUUACAUCCAAAGAUCAGGAAACAAUCAACACUGCAUCCAUACAACAAGCUGGACAUUCCCUCAUUUCAGCUAUCAGUCUUCCUUUGGUUGAUCAAGAUGGGACAACCAAAAUUAUCAUCAACUAUAGUUUGGAGCAACCUAGUCAACUCCAGGUUGUGCCACAGAAUCUGAAAAAAGAAACUCCUGCCCCAACAAACAGCUGCAAAAUUGAAAAGUUACCAGAAGACCUUAGGGUGAAGUCUGAAAAAGAAAAAAGCUUUGAAGGAGAGACCAAUGAUAGCACUUGCCUUCUUUGUGAUGACUGUCCAGGAGAUCCUAAUGCACUUCAAGAAUCAAAGCACUAUGAUAUGAAAAAUCCUACUCAGCCACCUCAGCUUAGUGGCGUAGAAGCUGAGAAGUCAGAAUCCUCUGUUUCAUCAGAAGCAGGGGAGGCUAACCUAACUCCUGGUCAACCCCCUUUAAAGAAUCUUCUAUCCCUCCUAAAAGCCUAUUAUGCAUUAAAUGCACAACCAAGCUCAGAAGAACUCUCAAAAAUUGCUGAUUCAGUAAAUUUACCACUGGAGGUAGUUAAAAAGUGGUUUGAAAAAAUGCAAGCUGGUCAAAUUUCUGUACCAUCAUCUGUGCCAUCUUCCCCUGAGCCUGACAAAUCAAAAGGUUCUGUUGAUAAUGAUGACCACGCAGGAUGUACACCUGUGAAUGAACACCAGGACAGCAUAUCUAAUUCUGAAAGUCCCCUCAAAGCUGAUAAACCACAGACUGUUUCAACAGGAUCAACUCAGAAUGGUUCACGAAGUAACACACCAUCCCCAUCACCUCUUAACCUCUCCUCAUCUAGAAAUUCACAGGGUUAUGUGUACCUUAAUGAGGGUGCCCAGGAAGAGCCACAAAUAGAACCUCUUGACCUUUCACUACCAAAGCAACAUGGAGAAUCUUUGGAACGAUCUACUAUAACUAGUGUUUACCAGAACAGUGUUUAUUCUGUCCAGGAAGAACCUUUGAACUUGACUUGUGCAAAAAAAGAACCACAAAAGGACAACAGUAUUACAGACUCUGAAACAGUUGUAAAUGUAAUCCCACCAAGUGCCAAUCCCAUUAAUAUUGCUAUACCUACCGUCACUGCCCAAUUACCUACAAUUGUUGCCAUUGCUGACCAGAACAGUGUUCCAUGCUUAAGAGCACUUGCUGCCAAUAAGCAAACCAUUCUUAUCCCACAGGUAGCUUAUACUUAUUCAACCACAGUUAAUCCUACCAUUCAAGAAACACCAAAACCGAUGCAGGCCAAUGGAAGUCAGGAUGAAAGACAAGACACUAGCUCUGAAGGAGUUUCAAAUGUGGAGGAUCAGAAUGAUUCUGAUUCCACACCACCGAAGAAGAAGAUGAGAAAGACAGAAAAUGGAAUGUAUGCUUGUGAUUUGUGUGACAAAAUAUUCCAGAAGAGUAGCUCACUCUUGAGACAUAAAUAUGAACACACAGGUAAAAGGCCUCAUGAGUGUGGGAUCUGCAAAAAGGCAUUUAAACACAAACAUCAUUUGAUUGAACACAUGCGACUGCAUUCUGGAGAAAAGCCCUAUCAAUGUGACAAAUGUGGCAAGCGCUUUUCGCACUCGGGGUCUUACUCUCAGCACAUGAAUCACCGCUACUCCUACUGCAAAAGGGAAGCAGAAGAACGUGACAGCACUGAACAGGAAGAGACAGCACAGGAGCGCCUAAGUAAUGAGCAUGCAGGGGCUGGGGCUUCUCCUUCACAGCUCGACUCUGAUGAGAGGGACAGCUUAACAAGGGAAGAGGAGGAAGACAGCGAAAAAGAAGAGGAGGAAGAUGAAGACAAAGAGAUGGAUGAACCGCAAGAAGAAAAGGAGGGUGGUAAAUUACAGGAGGAGGAGGAAGAAGAAGAAGUAGAAGAAGAAAAAACUGAAGGUAGCAUGAAGGAUGAUGGAGCUGUAAAUGAAGAAAGCAGUGAACAAGUUAUACAGAAAGAGGAGCAAGUGUCAGAAGAAGAAACAAAGAAAGCUUAGCUGAUAAUGUGGUGUUGUACAACGAAAAGAAAUCCAACUGGUUAUGAAGGUUGUUCUAUACUCUACAUGCUUUUUAUGGAAGCACAGUAGCCUGUGCACUGUGAUUCCUGUUCACUACUGUGUAACAAAAAUGAAAAAGAAAAAAAAAACCAGAAAAUAUAAAUAUAUAUAUAUAUAUAUAUCCAGGUGUGCCUGAACCUCAAACCUAGUAAUUUUUCACAGUUUUCAAAGUUAGGAGCAAGUUUGUGAAAUGAAACAGUUUAGAUGAACAUGGUGACUCUGGAAGCAAAGAUUUAACAUGUUGUAGGAAACAUGUUUUAUUUGAUAUGUGUUGGACAUCAGUUUGUUUUUGUCAGUAUUAAUUUUUUCAUUCUUUUUGUUGGUUUAAUUUUUCAACUGUACAAUUGGGAGAGAUUUAUGUUUUGUUUUGUUUUUAAUUUUAUCAGUGAAACAAUUCUGCUAAUUCCGCUUCAGUAUUUUAUUAUAUUUUUAAAAUGUGAGAACUUCUGCACUACAGAAUUCCCUUAAGCAGAAAGGUAUGAUGCAGUUCCAAACAGUGCUUGACUACCUUUGUAAAUUCAGCUUAGAAGGUAGCAGUUUAUAACAUUUAGAUGUUGUUAGUAGAACAUGUUCUCAUUUAAAGUGUAUUGUUAGCCUUAAGGAAGCAGCUGAUAGAAGAACUGAAGUUUCUUACUCAUGUGGUUGAAAAUGUAGUUUGAAAAGAUUGUGGUGGAGUUCUGAUUGCAGGGACUAACAGUGUUAAUACUGGUGAGGACAGCCAAGUUGUCAAAAUCAGUGUUUGUAAUUGUGUCUGAAGUAUGUAGUAAAAAGUAUGAAGGAUAUGACAUGAAGCUUUGUAUCUCCUUUGGCCUUAUGCAAGACCUUGUGUGCUGUAAGUGCCAUUUCUCAGUAUUUUAAAAGGCUUUGACCAGCCUUUCUCCAAUGUGUGGCCUACAAUAACUAGCAUUUGUAUUAAACUUCUGUAAACUAAAUCAUGGGGGGGGGGGACACUCAGCCAUCAGAUAUGUAAAAGCACUGGUACAUUUCAUAAUAUAAUUCUUCAGUAUUAUUGUGUUUUCUUUAAUUACUUACUUGGAGAAUUUCUCUAUAGUAAUUACGAAGGGAAAUUUCUAAUCUACUUUAUUGGUUCUCCUAAUUUCAGACACAUACAUGACAUAUUAUUGGGCUCAUAAAUGUUUUCAAAUGUUAGUUAUUCUGGACCCCAUUUAUUGACAAUGUUAGCUGAUUUUAACCUAUCAGUAUUAUUUUAUUUCUUUUAGUUUAUAGAUCUGUGCAACAUUUUGUACUGUAUGUUUUCAAACCUGGCAGUAUUAAUACCCUUCUUACUGACAUAUGUACCUUUUUAGUUUUAGAAAACUUUUAUAUUUAUGUGUCUUAUUUUUAUAUUUCUUUAUUUAUUACACAGUGUAGUGUAUAAUACUGUAGUUUGUAUUAAUACAAUAAUAUAUUUUAGUAUGAAAAUUUGGAAAGUUGAUAAGAUUUAAAGUAGAAAUGCAAUUGGUUCUCUUGCAUUGAGAUUUGAUUUAACAGUGUUAUGUUAACAUUUAUACUUGCCUUGGACUGUAGAAGAGAAGAAUUAAAAUGGGAAUGUAUCAAUUUUACAAUUGCAAUCAGUUCAUUUUACCUUUUCCCAGUUUUUAAUAUAAAGCUCUUAAAUUUUGAAAUUCACUGUAUGACUAAUAGCAUGAUGCUCUGCAGUUUUAUUAAGAGAUUAGCCUAACCAUAAAACACUCAUUUCCUUAGGUAAGCCAAGCUAGAAUAAUCUUCUAAGUGUUGGGAACAAUGUUUAACAUUUCUGUGCCAAUUUGUUCCUGUAUUCAUGUAUGUGAGUUACAAAUCUGAAACUUCUUUUUUUUUUUAAGUUCCUUGUUACAUCAUGGUCAUUUUCUAGUUUUCUACCAGACUCCCCAUCUCACAAUAAAAAGCGUCAACAAGCCUGA